AUGGGUAUCUAUCUCAGAACUAAGCUAGAUCAAUUGAAAUUUGACUUGGGUAUGGCUUUCAUGUCGAACGAUGAACACCAAGCAGCUACAUUUGAGCGUAUUACACAAGAUGAUUUCGUUUGCAGCGAACAGCAAGUCGAGAAAAGCAGCGCACGACUACAUGCGCAAAGGCGUUUUAUAUGGGAAGAAGCUGUUCGCAGGAUGGAACUCAAAGAAAAGAAAAUGCAGUCUGAUAACCUUCACACGGAAACCAGCGAGCGUUCGAACGUAUCACGGGUGCUCCAUUCUUAUUUGCGACGUAAUCGUCAUCGCAGGCGCAGUGAAUUUCUCAGAGAUCUCCACAGGCCUGAUAAUCUCAAUCAUUUCAAGCUUGACUAUUCAAUGAUGUAUACGUAUGCUAUUUGA